AUAGUGUGACACCGUCUAACAACGUGACCUUCCAUCCAUUUGACAAACAUGGAUGCUCCGACAAUGCUGCACUAGAUGAACACGCCGCUGCGACUCGCGAAUACUAUUUAACACUUUUAACAAAAUGCAGGUGUCACUUGCACCUCUUUGUGACAGUGGAAGACAGAGAGAACCGCGUUGAUUAUACUUCGUGGUCCGUUUAUAUUUUUCAAGAGGUAGCGAGUCUGUAUUUCCUGGUUUUAGUAGGCCGUAUUUCAAACAGUUUUAGUUUAAAGUAGUUUAUCGCGAUGUUGCGGCUCGUCUCUACUCACGCUUUUCAUGAACUGUGGAAAUGUGGUCACCUUAUGGCAUCCUGUGUUACCAAGAAGAAAGUCAUACCUGUUCUCCCUGUCGGCAGCGCCUAUCAUCACCGACUGUGCAUCCCUGAUCGCCUCUUCAGUACUGGGAGCCCGGUGUUGAACGAUGCCCUCAAGCCAAAAACAGAUAAAUCUGAGGACAUACAGACAAUUGAUCUGGACAGCUGGAAAUCUGUGAUGAGAUCCCAAGCAACAUCAGAACAGAAACAACAGAUCAAUGAUGAAGAGGACGCAAGUGAUGAUGAUGAAAUCCUUAAUGAACCAGGAGGUGAGGUGAAGGAUAGUUCUUUGCUGGAUGCAACUCGGGAUCUGGUCAUCAUGUGGCGGCAGGCUGGGAGGCUUGUACCUGAAGAGAUGACUGAUGAAGAGGUUGAGGAACUGGCUAAGCUCACCUCCAAAUCAUCCAAGAAGAAGUACCUGAAGUUCCUGGCUAUAAAGGAGGGCCACAAAAGGGCCCGGAAAGAGAAGCAGCAGAAGAGAAAGCAAGAAAGAGCAGCUUCAUUGGAGCAGAACAGAAGAGAUGCUGAGGAAAGGGAUGAUCAGAGUCAACCAGAAUAUAAGAACACACUUUUCCUCCAGUAUUGGAACCGCUCCCUGGACAAACUGCUGGCCUGGAGGAGUGCCCAGGCCAUGGUGUUCGGUCAGUCGCUGGUGUUUGACAUGAGCUAUGAGUCAAAAAUGUCCAGGCAGGAGCUCAGGAACACAGUGUCCCAGCUGAUGGAGGUGGAAGCAUGGAACCGGCGUGCUACUGAGCCUUACCACCUCCACUUCUGUAACCUGCAGCCCAACGGGGCCUACAAGCAGGAGCUGCUCAAACGAUAUACUUCAGAGACCUGGGACAACCUGUUCAUCACCAGUACUGACCAACACCAUGUUGAUGUGUUCCCUCAUGAACAGCUUGUGUACCUCACAGCAGACUCCCCCAAUGUUCUUCACACAUAUGACCACACCAAGGUCUACAUCAUUGGAGCUAUAGUGGACCGGUCAAGCCAGGGAGGCCUAUCACUGGCCCAUGCCAAGCGUCUUAAGCUGGCCACAGCCCGUUUACCGUUGGAUCAGUAUCUCCACUGGGAGUUAGGAGCCAAAAAUCUGACUCUGGACCAGAUGAUCCGCAUUAUGCUCACUAUCAAGGAUACAGGGAAAUGGGAGGAGGCUCUCAAAUUCGUUCCUAAGAGGAAGAUCGAUGGUUUUCUCCAAGAAAAGACACACAAACAGAUUACCGUUGGCAGCGGCAGGCACCAUCAACAAUCUGGGUUCAACAGUGGACACGUAAAGGACAGACUGGUGCUCAGCAGAGAAAAACCAGCUGAAACCAGAACACGUAUGUCAUUUAAGAAUAGCAUGGACAGAAGAAAAGGUGCAGGCAAAAGUAAGAUGUGGUGGGAUGAUGAGUGAAGUCAACAGAAAGUUUAACUUGGUUUCAUAAGGAUGUUUUUAUAAGCAGUGUCUGAAGAAAUUACAAAAUAAAAUGUUAAAAUAUGUUGUCAUUGCAA